AUUUGCUUGUCGCUUCAACUAUAAGCACUAGUCUACCGCGGUACCAUAACAUUCGCUGAGGCUUUUGACGAGUUUGGAUAUAUACCUGAGUUUGACAUUGACAUUUAUUUGCACACCAAACAUGGAUCUUUUGUGCCAACUUCCUCACAACCCCUGCAAGUACCCAACCUCCUCCGCAAACAUGUACGAGGACGAUCUCAUCUCGCAACGCGCUCGUGCGUUCCCCCUUUCCCACGGGUUGAUGCCCGCCCCACAAGCUUCGUUCUUUGGAUUUCCAAUGCAUCCAGCUCAUGAUUCGCUUAUGGCAGUAGGCCAAAGCCAGCAGUUUGGGGCGUACCCUCACCUGUCGACGCCGGACCCUAAACGCAUGCUUACCUCUGGGGUAGGGCAGAGCGAUUCCAUGGACAAAAACAUUAAGAUCAGCCUGGACAACAGAGAUUUGUGGAGCAAGUUCCACAACAUUGGCACCGAGAUGAUCAUCACGAAGACGGGAAGGCGCAUGUUUCCAACUAUCAAAGUGACUCUCGAAGGCCUUGACCUGCACGCAAAGUACAUCCUACUUGUCGACAUUGUACCGGUUGACGAUUGUCGCUACAAGUACCAUAAUUCGGAAUGGGUAGUCACCGGAAAGGCUGAACCGCACAUGCCCGGAAGACUCUACAUUCAUCCAGACUCCCCAGCUUCCGGUUCCCACUGGACCAAACAGCCCGUGACGUUCCACAAGCUUAAACUCACCAACAACAACCUUGACCAGAAUGGACACAUUAUUCUCAACUCCAUGCACAAGUACCAGCCAAGGAUCCACGUGGUACAGGCGAACGAUAUCUUCACAAUGAGAUGGAAUACAUUCAAUACAUAUGCUUUUGACGAAACUUGCUUCAUCGCUGUGACAGCUUACCAGAAUGAACAGAUAACCCAGCUCAAGAUUGAUAACAACCCAUUCGCUAAAGGCUUUCGUGACAAUGGAAUGGGGAGACGUGAUCACCGCCUAAGCAUUAAAAGGCCAGCAAGCGAGGACGGGUCUUCGGAUCAUGAUAAAGUUGAAUUAACAGCGAUGAAGAAACUGAAAACAGAUGAAGAUGAUAUUGGCAUGAAACUGAAGACGGAGCCUCACAACGCUGUGUCGUCACAAGCUCAGAAAGAUGAGGACAGCGACCCAGUUUCCGACACAUCUGACGACAACCCCAGUGAUGCAUCUGGCACAGAACUUCCCCCAUGUCAGAUCCUGAAAUCGACAGCCAUUUCUCCGGAUCUGGAAAAAUCCCGUGGAUCCAAUAGCGCGAGCUCCACUCCUUCUCCCAACCAGUGCCAGUUCGGCUCCGUCAAGUCAUUUAACCAGUCAUGCAUGGGAGGCGAACAGGUCUACUACCCACACCACCCCGCCGUCAGCAGGGUACCAAGCAGUAGCUUCCUUCCCGUUUCAACAAGCUCAGCACUCCUCCAGCCCGUGUCAAGCAGCAUGAGUUUAAGUCUUCACCCCGUCAACAGUCAAAUGCAGGCUUGUCGCUUGUCGGGACAAACCAACGAUUGUGCGAUACGUCAAACAAGCGGCCUGAAUACGGCAUCUCAUGGGUACGGCAUCCGUACGACCCCACCCCAACACCACCCCUCACUCUCAUCCUGCACCUACAUGCAGUCCGCUCAACCGUACGCAACGCACCUCACACCAAACAUGCAUAUGAUGAAUAUGAAUUUCACGGGUCCCAUGGCGUGAAAAUACACACAUGGUGUGUGAACAUUAACCCAGGGCCUGGCCCGUCUACAAGUGCUUGCCCCCUACAGCUUCGGGGUUCGGGGACGCGGGGGUGUCACGUGAGGACAACCGCAACACUGCAGCGAAUAUUGUACAUAUUUGGACAAUCUAGCAGCGACGUCACGGACUGCCGAGGUGCUCUGUACAUAUUUGACAAAACGGAUAUGACGUCAUUGUCACAUGAUCAGAUCGGCAGUUUCUCAUUGGUCAGGUCUCAUUUGCUCAACCGGAAAUCUGUGUUGUGUGUGGAACGUUGUGUACAAAGGUGUUCACAAAAAUAGACCUUAACUUGCUGAAACGAAUGCGGCAAAAAUUGUCAAACCCAAAUUUACUUUUGGGCCAUGAAGACGUUUAUUUAUUCAUUCUGACAUGAACAUAGAGUUAUGACUGUAUUAUAUACAUAUUUAUAUGUGACUCACAUUUGGUUGUUUCAGUGCACCAUGAUCUUAUAACGUCAUUCCUAAGGAACCCUAGGUCCCAAAUGACGUGCAAGAAUUGUUUUUCUUGCCAGGUUAUUGAUAUUUUAUGACUAAAAUAUUGAAAACUAA